AUGGAGGUGGGAGAUUCCCCGUUAGAAGCGGUGGUAGCUGCCCAGCAGGCUGCUCUAAAUAGGCAGGAACAGGCGCUGCAUGCGCUGCAGGCACAGCAAGCUGCCACCACUGAGCAGCAGACCCUAGUGUUCCAACGCCAGGACGAGAUCCUGGCCAGGCUAGGCAGUCAGCAGGACAUGCUGCUGGGUCUCGCCGACAGUUUUCGGCAACUAGCGAGCGAGUUUCGCUCAGCUCAGGCUCUGGCCGGGGAGACGGGGUGGGCUGACGAACCGCUGAUGACUCUGUUCACGGACAUAGGGUCCGAAUUGGACGAGGAGGAGGCUAAGGAGUUCCUAAGUCCUGAGGUUAGGAUACCGGAGGAGGAGGAGCAGGAAGGGAGCCUGGAGUGGGACCCAGUGACUGGAACCUCCCUAUUGACGAGGGAGAGGAGCAGGGCCAUGAAAGAGUACAUUCGGGACGCCCUAGCCAAUGGGUUCAUCAGACCGUCCUCGUCACCGGCGGGGGCGGGGUUCGUUUUUGUUAAAAAAAAGGACGGGAGCCUAAGACCCUGUAUCGAUUACAGAGGCUUGAAUGCUAUCACCAUAAAAAAUAGGUACCCCCUUCCAUUGAUGAACUCUGCAUUUGAGCGCCUGCAAACAGCAUCAAUAUUCACCAAAUUAGACCUCCGUAAUGCGUACAAUUUGGUACGCAUACGGGAAGGCGAUGAAUGGAAAACAGCCUUCAACACACACUCUGGUCAUUACGAAUAUCUGGUUAUGCCGUUUGGCCUCACCAACGCCCCCACGGUGUUCCAGGCGCUCGUCAAUGAUGUGCUUCGAGAGAUGCUGGAGAAGUCCGUUUUCGUCUACCUGGACGAUAUUCUGAUCUUCUCCGCCACCCUCUCAGAGCUCAUCCGGCACGUAAAAAUGGUACUGACACGCUUAUUAGAAGCUCGCCUUUUUGUUAAGGCAGAGAAGUGCGUGUUUCACACGAGUUCAGUGUCUUUCCUCGGGUUUAUCGUUUCCGCCGGCAAAACCGAAAUGGACCCGAGAAAGAUUGCUGUCGUGAGGGAUUGGCCAACCCCGGAAUCGGUAAAACAGGUGCAGAGAUUCCUAGGGUUCGCCAACUUUUAUCGGCGGUUCAUCCGCAAUUUUAGCACGGUAGUCGCGCCCAUCACAGCACUCACUAGGAAGAGUGCCCCGGCGCGUUUUGUUUGGACACCUCGCGCAGAGGCGGCGUUCGUGGGUUUAAAAGAAAGGUUCUGUUCGGAACCCAUUUUGAUAACCCCUAACCCGUCCCUGCCGUUUAUUGUGGAGGUUGAUGCCUCCGAGCUGGGGGUGGGGGCUAUUCUUUCGCAACGGUCUCCCCAAGAUCAAAAGGUGCAUCCCUGCGCGUUUUUCUCUCUGUCACUGUCUCAGGCCGAGAGAAACUAUGACGUGGGGGAUCGAGAACUGCUAGCGGUCAAACUGGCCUUGGAAGAGUGGCGGCACUGGCUUGAGGGGGCGGAACAUCCGUUCACUGUGUGGACGGAUCAUAAGAACCUGGAAUACAUCCAGACCGCUAAAACACGCAACUCACGUCAGGCGCGCUGGGCGCUUUUUUUUGCGCGUUUUUCAUUUACAGUAACGUAUCGUCCAGAAUCUAAGAACAUUAAGCCAGACGCUCUCUCUCGGGUUUGCGACAAAACGGACCGGGAACACAAUCCGGAACCCGUUCUCUCUGGGGUUCGGAUUGUACCGCCUAUCAUUUGGGAGAUUGAGUCAGCGGUAGCAUUACGCCGUGACCCGGAUCCUGGAGGGGGUCCGCCGCACUGCCUUUUUGUGCCCGCUGGGGUCCGGUCCCAGGUGCUACAGUGGGGGCACGCCUCACGGCUGGCGGGGCAUCCCGGGGUUCGGCGCACCAAAGAUUUGUUGUCCCGACGAUUCUGGUGGCCCGGGAUGGAAAAGGACGUCCACGAGUUUGUGGGCGCAUGUCCAGUCUGUGCGCGCAGUAAGAGCUCCCACCGUCCCUCAGCAGGGCGGCUACGUCCGUUACCAGUCCCGAGGCGCCCCUGGAGUCACAUUGCGCUGGACUUUAUCACGGGGUUGCCACCAUCCGAGGGGAAAACGGUCAUUUUAAUGGUGGUGGAUCGGUUUUCCAAGGCGGCCCACUUCGUGGCACUGCCCAAAUUACCAUCGGCAGUGGAAACGGCACGGUUGGUGGUUGACCACGUGUUCCGGUUGCACGGGCUGCCUCAAGACGUAGUAUCAGAUCGUGGACCCCAGUUCACCUCCCGGUUCUGGCGGGCGUUCUGUUCUCUGCUGGGUGCUUCGGCUAGCCUGUCCUCUGGUUUUCACCCCGAGACCAACGGGCAGACGGAACGCACCAAUCAGACCCUCGAGAACACGCUACGGUGUCUGGCGGUUGACGAGCCCACUUCGUGGAGUCGUCAACUCACGUGGGCGGAAUACGCCCACAAUUCGCUGCAGAAUGCGUCCACAGGGCUCUCGCCUUUCGAGGUGCAGUCCGGGUAUCCCCCGCCACUGUUCCCGGAGUUAGAGAGAGGGGGCGAAGUGCCCUCUGCGGAGGCCUUUGUGCGGCGGUGCCAGACCACAUGGAGCAAGGUGCGGGCUGCCCUCGUAAGGGCUGCUGCCAACCAAAAAAGUGUGUUGGCACCUGCGGAGGUCCCGCCACCACCUCCACGGCUAAUUGACGGGGGUCCGGUCUACACCAUCCGCCGCAUCCUGGCUGAACGUCGCGUGGGCAGGGGCAAACAGUAUCUCAUUGACUGGGAGGGGUUUGGUCCUGAGGAACGUUGUUGGGUCCCCUCGAGGGACGUUCUGGACCCUGAUCUGAUCCCGGAGGACCUGCUGAUAAUCUACGAGGCCGAGGCGGAGCAGUGGGCCUCGUACCUGCGGUCCGUGCUGGCGGGGUGCGUACGGGAGGAAGGGGUGUGCCUCUACGACGUGGCGGCCGCAUCCAGCCGGCGGGAGGACUUCCUGUCACUGGCACGCUACCGCUGCAAGCUGCUGGUGCUGAGCGGCGGGAUGCUGGAGGGGCUGUGCCGGAUGCAACGCUUCUUCCUGGCCCGGGUGCUGCGGCCGGCGGCCAGCGUGGUGGUGCUGCUGUGCGGGGUGGAGAGCCUGGCGCCCCUGCUGAAGGCCGUGCCCCUGGAGGACGACUGCCUGGUGAUCUCCAGCGAGCAGGAUCCCCAGGAGUACCUGAGCGCCGUGGCUGAGAUCGUGCAGAGAGGUACCCAGACUGUGGAUGUUUCUGCCAUCACGACACGUGCGGCAGGAUUGGAACUGAAGGAUAAGAGCCUUCCAGCUGUGGCUCCGCCCGCCAGAGCCCCCAUGAUGGUGCUGCCUGCCAGGGUGCCCAGUGAGAACCCAGGAGAGGUGUAUAUCCUGCUGAAGGAGUCUGUGGACAGUAAAGAUGUUGAGGUGGAGUUUCAAAGCAAGAAGGAAAAGAUACGAGUGAAACCUGAAAUCUGGAAUGAACAGACACUCUGUGUGAAAGCUGCAGACCUCCCCCCAGGUGCAGUGGGUGUGACGCUGUACUGCGGUGGAACGGCGAAGGCCAAGGCUACCCUGCAGUACUACUCAACCAUGGGCGAGGUGGCAAGGCUCCUCCAGAAAGCGGCAGACCCCCUGGAGUUCAUGCUGCAGGCCUUUGGAAUCUCCACUCCCGAGCUGCUGGACCAGGUCCUGACCUCAGCUCUGAUGGAGAAGAUGCCAGCAGGAGGGUUCCUGGGAUUGCAGGGGAACGUAGACCUGGAGGGCGAGGUACAUUCUGAAGAUCUUCCCACCCUGCUCCACUUUGCGGCCCAGAACGGUCUGCUAGGCGUGGCCAGUGUACUUCUGCAGUGCCCUGGGGCAGAGCAGGCCCUCCGCAUCGCCAACCGCCACGGGGACACGCCCCUGAAGCUCGCUGAGAGGCAAGGCCACGCCCCGCUCCAGGUCCUCUUGCAGGAAACUCUGAACGUCUCGAAGGGCGUCACAGCGAAGGCCGACGAAGACAUUUACGAGAAGAUGGGGUCCGCAGUUAAAGCCCUGAUGGAAGACAGCUAUGGGGAAAGCGAUGAGGGAGGGGCCCAGGAUGAGGAGGAAGAGGACCCUUACGCACCCAUCGGCAUCGAUGACGAAGAGUACGACACGAUUCUGACCUCCAGUAAAGCCAUGAUAAUGGCCAAUCGGCCCCCUGCCCCAAUCCCCAGACCUGAGGCCAUGGUAGAGAGCAGUACGCCUUUUAUCGCACAAGUCUUCCAGAAAAAGAUAUCUCAAGGAGAGUCCGACAUGUUGGAUUUUCUGUCUCCUAAACAAGCCCGCAGCCCCAGCACUGUUUCCUCCGUGUACGACACGAUGGCGCCCGACCAGCCGCCUGGUCUGCAGGAGCUCAUCCAGCUUCAGGAGCAGGUGAAGCUGGGCUCGCUGUCCAUGGACGAAGCCCUGGAGCGCUUCAGCGACUGGCAGCGGGUCCAGAAGGGCCUGGACUCCAUACAGCAGGAGAAACUCCGCCAACUGAGGGCGAGCAUCAUCAACAACAGAGAGGACGAUGAAAGCGUCUAUGAUAAAAUCAGCAUUGUUCAUCAUACGCCAGAUGUGAGCGGAUCUGAGGACAGAAGAAAGAGUCUCCCCUUGGAGACAUAUUUCUACAGCAAGCCACUCAAAGGACAUCCUUCUGACAUCAGGAAGGCUGACAAGCAGUAGAUGUUUUUGUUGUCUGGGCUUAUCCAUUACCCAUUAUCUUCUCUGCUGCAGUGUUUGGUCUCCCUUCUCCUUGGAGGAAAACUUCCUGAAAGAGACAUACAUCUAAUAUGUCCUGUAGCCUCUCCACUGGUCUCCAUUUUGUAGUUGUUCAUGUUUUGAAGGCAAUAAUAAUCAUUUGUAAUAACUUGAAUAACAAAUUGAAUAACUUGAUCAGUUUUUAAUUAUUUUUGUAAUCUUUUUCCAUAUUUCAGUAAUUUUUCUAUUGCAUCUAUAAGGACCUUUUUAGUUGAUUGCCUGAACUGCUUGUGAGUACAAUUUGGCAGCACUUUUGAAAACCCAUCCACAUCAAUUGCUCUUGUGAGGGUUGUGUAAGUAGUUUUUUUAGUUUAUUUUGUAUUCAACGUUCAACAAGGAUUAAAACUGCACAAACUAUGUUUAAAAAAGUGGGAAAAAAUAAUGGAAUGACAAAUGCAGCAUUAAGCGCUAUCAUUUUUCUGUGCAUUUUUUCUCACAUUUGAGCAAAAUAUCAGUUUCUUCCUCAUAUUUAGUGAGGAAAGUUCUUUGAAAUGACAGGUGUAAAUGUUAAAUGUGCUAUCCCAAAAUUAUAUAUCAGCUAAACAUUUAAUUAUUUAGUGGGUAUGAGUCAUUAAGAUAAUUACAUAUUUAGCUAAAUGCAAUAAACAUGUAGCUAGCUAAAUGUAUAAAACAUUUAAGUAGAUAUAUGAAACAUUUAGUUAAAUGCUUCAAACAUUUAGCUAAAUGUUUGUGAAGACUCACAUAUUUAUAAAUAAAUAGACUUUACAAAUAAAUCCAUCCAUCCAUCCAUUAUCUGAACCCGCGUAUCCUGAACAGGGUCGCUGGAGCCUAUCCCAACAUACAUUGGGCGAAAGGCAGGAAUACACCCUGGACAGGUCGCCAGUCCAUCGCAGGGCACACACACCAUUCACUCACAUACUCAUACCUAUGGGCAAUUUAGACUCCCUAAUCAGCCUAAUCUGCAUGUCUUUGGACUGUGGGAGGAAACCGGAGUACCCGGAGGAAACCCACGCAGACACGGGGAGAACAUGCAAACUCCACACAGAGAGGCCCCGGCCGACGGGGAUUCGAACCCAGGACCUCCUUGCUGAGAGGCGGCAGUGCUACUCACUGCACCAUCCGUGCCGCCACAAAUAAAUCUAUAAAAAAAUAUAUUGCUUAAAGGUACAAUUGGUAAUUUCAGACUCCUAAGGGUCAAGCGGCAACAAACACCCUCAAAUCACAACACUGUUUAUCCCUCCCCCUUCUGUGUGAGUUGAAACCCCCCUCCCCCGCCACCCUGUUGGCUGUGGCAAUUACAACCAAUGUUCAACCAAUAAGCUUGAAUUAUUGUACAGCUGUACAAUGUUUUGGUACAGAGCGUUGGUCCGUCAACUGUAUAUUUUAAAACCUGAAUGUAAGGACUAUAAACACAGCCGGAGGGUGAGUCAACAUGUCUGUGAGUCUUGUUCAAUGAUAGGAUGGGAUUUACAAUGGUAUUGUAACAAUGUUUUAACACAAAAAUCUUACCUAUUGUACCUUUCAAUGUGGGUAAAAAUGCACCUAAAAAUGAGUGUUUAAUGUCAUAUUUGGUAGCCAAUAGUACAUUAGAUUAAUAUGUUAAUUUGGUUCAAAUAAAGUUGUCUGUCUUUAUGCACGGGGUC